ACCACAUGAAAACUCACAUUGAAAUUCACUGUCCCAACACGAAUGAUUCGGAGGAGCUUUAGCCACCUUUCGCGUAAGGUAAAGCAUGGAUCGCAAUUAUUAUUCCCUAUGUAUUGAUAUAAUGAGGACUUUGAAGUAUGCAGCUACCUUAAUACACUCCUAAUAGUCUCAAAACGAUAGUAACAGUCUUUGUUUGCAACAGUAUUUGCGACCGCGAUCGAUGAAACUCAUACACGACCACAAAUCGUAAGGUUAAGAAAUCACCUUCUUUCUCUCAAUUUCUUUUCAAUACAACAUGCUUUCUUUGUAAAAGCUAUAUACGAGUGAAAUGUUAAAGUUGCGACCACUACGACUUACCUCAUUUCCACCGUAACAAACCCCCUCCCUCCCCCCUCCCCCCUCCCCUUCCUAGGUGGGAAGAAUUGCGUUUAGAAAUAGAACUGCAUAGCUACCGUCUACUUUGGUAUUAUCGACUGAGUCGAUAACUUAGUUGAUUGUCAGAGCAAUAGAGGAUUACAAGUGCUUUUCCAUUCAACUUACUUAUCUUAUUUUCUUGUCACCAUAUUCCCACCAAUAGCGUAUCUCCAUUUUCUGUAUACAAAACACACAAAACCCAUUAUUCCUCCAAUUGCUCUAAUGAAGGGCUAACACUCGAAAAUCUCAGGUUUUAAACUCUUUAUGGUGGCCAGUUUAUGUUAUCAACUCAGUUGAUAAUACUAAAUCACUCUGUUAUACUCUCCCACUGAUGCAGGAAUAUAACUCCUUUAUGCAUAACUACUGGGUGAAGUGGAAGAGGGGGUUGGGGGGGGGGGGACAUGGGGGAAGGGUAUAGUAAAGAGUGACAACUUGAUGUUUAGCUAAAUGCAACUUUUUAGCAAAACAUGAGGUCUCUGCCUCCAUGCUAACCAGAACAGGUUGAAAGUUGCACAGAGACCUCUCCUACACAUGUAAUAAGACAUAUCUUACAUUUUUAGCCUAUUGGCCAGCUGGUAAAAAAAGUCAAGAUUGUUGAAGUGGGACCAAGAGAUGGACUUCAGAAUGAGCAGGUAAAUGGGAAAGAUUAAAUAUGCACCCAAUUACCUUAAUCUUACAUUGUUAGUGUCAAGUAAGGUGCCAUACCUUCUUAUCUAUGAUAAAAAUGAUGGUCAAAAUGAUACCAAUGAUGUGUUGUAAUGAUAGCAACAAUGAAAGCUUAUUGUGUUCAUUUUAUUCCAGAGGAUUGUUCCCACGGAAACGAAGAUCAGUUUGAUUGACAAGUUAUCAGAGACUGGCCUUCAGGCAAUAGAAGCAACCAGUUUUGUUUCACCCAAAUGGGUUCCACAGGUAUGUUAGGGGAGGGGAGGCUAGAGAACAGAAGAGUGGGCUGGUAUACUUUGGAGGAUAAGUAAGAUGUGUAGCUAAAGAGAAACUCACCCUUAAAAUUUGGCAGAAUGCUCUGCAAUUCAAGCUUCUCUCAGAAUAAAUCUAACAAAAUAGAAGUGUUCAGUGGCCAUGAGACAAGAAAGAGUGCAGCACUUUCUUGAAAACAACACAUUUACUAACCUUGCAAUUCCUCUUUUGCUUGUGAUAAACCUAAAAAGAUAAUUUUAUGCCAAGUUGUGAAAGACUCCUGCAAGAGUUAUGCAUCCAGACAAAAUGUUCAAUACUUAGCCAACUCCCUAAGGAAAGAUUUGACUGAAUAUAGAUUUUUGAGCUCUUAACUAUUUAACCCAAUAGAGUAACUAGCAUUUAAUUUCUGCUAACAGUUUCACCCUUGAACAGUGAGUGUGAUAAGAAUAGAAGAAAUGAUGUGCAGCUUCAGAAACUUUUGAUUGUUGAACAAAUUCUUUGUGUCAAAACUUGCAGAAGUGCUCAAAAUUGAACCAUCAAAGAGAAAAAAGUCUGUAAAAUAGGAUAAGAUUAGUUGAUAAUGAAUAUUUUUGAACAACAUUUACCACAGCAUCUCAGAGGAGGAGUAGGAACCUUGAUCAGAAGUCAGGUUCUCCUCUGUGUACAUUCUAAAAAUAAUUAAUGGAUGUUGUUUUAUAGAUGGCUGAUCAUGAACAAGUCAUGCAAAGGAUAAAGAAAGUUCCAGGCAUUUCUUACUCAGUAUUGACCCCAAACCUUAAAGGUUUUCAAGCCGCGGUUAGUGAUGCAGAACAUAACAUAAUGUAGACAUAUGGAUCACAUGUACUCCAGAUGACCCGAGUUGAUAUUUAGGUCUGAGGUUGAUUGACAUAUUGGUUGAUAAUUAGGAGAUAUCUAAUAGUGACUUGUCAGUAAUCUGGAGGUUGAUUGACAGUCAGCCAUUGGUUGACUUACAUGGAUGAGCUGUUAACUUUCUAUUGAAAUGUCAAGGCGUUAGCUGAAUAAUCUGCUGACUAUAAUGUCCAACAAACCACUAACUAUCAAUGGCCAAUCAUAUUCAUAGUAAAAGCAUACAAACACAAAAUCUUAACUUACUGGGGCUCAGAUCUUCAUGCAGACUCUUUCUUUGUUAUUUGAUUUUGACAUCAAUUAAACAUCUUUUUCUUUUUGUAACCAUUCAUCUGAGUGUGUUUUUGAUUGAUAUUUGUAGUUGGAAUGUGGAGUAAAAGAAGUGGCCAUUUUUGGAGCUGCCUCAGAGUCAUUCAGUAGGUAAAUGUUUUUCCUACAUCUUCAAGAUGAUGCUGCAGUAAGUGACAAAAUCAAACAAGAAAAAAGCUGAAUAAGACAAUUUCCAAGGUUUCCUAAUUUAGUUGUUACAGACCAGUAUUGGUUUACCUCUCUAAAAUAGUUCUCCUUUGAACAGUAAAUUGUUUUUUUUACCCACUCAAAGGAAAAACAUCAACUGCUCCAUAUCAGAAAGCCUACAGAGAUUUGAAGUUGUUUGUGAAGCUGCAAAAGAAAACAACAUUCCAGUGAGAGGGUGAGAUGUCUUUACAUAAAAUGUUUGUUUAUUUUUUUUCAGUUACAGUCAUGAAUAGUAAUGAAGAAUUGCAAAAGCACAAGUAUGUACUUACAUGUUUCAGGUGGUGUUAUUUCAUUAAAUGUCAUCUAAAAGCAAAAUGAAAUUUACCAGGCUAACUUUUGUACAUCAUGCAGUUAUGCCAAAUCUGUCCAUACUCUGCAGAUCCUAAUUAAGUUAUUUAUAUCUGAGAGUGAGGUCUUAUUGCUCAAUUAAUACAGCAAGACCAAGAAAAUGAUGCCCACAGCACCCAGCUAAUCACAGAGUGCCCAAUUACAUCUGUUACUUACACCAGCCAUACAAUAAACAAUCAAUUUAACCAAUAAUUGACACAGCCCUGUCUAAUUAACUAAACAAAAUGUGACCAAAGAUCUUGCUCUGAAUGGUAUACCCAUUAAUUUGAAGUCAGAACAUCCUACCUUUAAGUUUGCCAAUGUCCCUUCUUAUACUAAAUUGAAAUUUUCAUGGACUCAAGAUUUAGCUUUUACGCUUUCAGGUAUGUUUCUUGUGUAGUUGGCUGUCCAUAUGAGGGAUCUGUAGCUCCAAAGGCUGUAGCAAUGGUAAGAUUUAGCACCAUAAUUAUCAGGAGUGGUAAAAAUUAAGACCCACUGAGACAAUGUCACUAAGACUUAAAGAUUCAACAAGUUUUAGACUCGACUUGGAUGAUGACUGCCGAAGUUAUCUGAUUUCAUCAAAUUUCGUAUUUUUCCCAAGGUAACGAAGAACUUGUUUGACAUGGGGUGUUAUGAAGUUUCUCUUGGUGAUACUAUUGGUGUUGGAACUCCAGGUUUGAUGCACUUACUGUUGAAUUAGACAAACAAAAAUUUAGUAUUUAACAAUUUAAGCGCUUCUGAUCACUUGGAAUGUUAAAAAGCGCGCUAUAAGUUAAUAAAUAUUCAUUGAGCAUGAUGCUUUUGAUAUUGCUGGUCUCAACUGUGUGUAGGACUGUUUUUUGAUGCAUGUUUAGUCCAGAAUUUGGCCUGGCUUCUCCUAGAGUUAAUUGAAGCUCAGCGAUAAUGCAUCAGUUUUUUUUAACCGCGACUAUUUUUGUUAUACCCCCCGUGAGUUCUUCUUUCCAUCUGCGACUUCUGUUUAGCCCCGCGUGGGCUUCUUUUGAAAAACCUGGCCUAAAAAAAAACUCCCAUGUGAUGUUUUUCCACUGUGGAGUGAGCGGGACGAUAAGAAAGGAAGGGAAAGAUGAUAAAAUCCCUAGGUCGAUCCAGAUGGGAAAAAAAAUUUGUAUCCUUAGUCAGUAAGUACACAUUUUAGCAUGAUAUGACUUAGGAUGAUUUUCCCUUUUUGGCCAACUGAAAUUGGUGUAUAUGUAGGUUCCACUCAAGCCAUGUUGGAGGGUGUUUUAGAGACAGUCCCGGUGAAUCAUCUGGCUAUUCACUGCCACGACACAUACGGUCAGGCUCUGGCCAAUAUUCUCACUGCGUUAAAAGUAGGUCAAGAAUGAACGUGUGCGGCAAACUAAGAGUUUGCCAGACUUUCGCUGUUUUUUUCAUGUUAUGUGGCUAUUAGAGAGAUUAAGCCCGAUGACUACAACCGACGGCUACUUACACGGCCGAUGUUUUUCGACUUCAAAUUUAGCACAUUGAAAAUACAAAUUAGUGACCACUUGAAUCCUGUUGAAAAUUCAGUUUAUUAGCUCUCUGUUUCUUAUUUUCAUUCAGUUAAAAACCUUGUUUAACUAGACCAUGUUUUGCUGGUGUGAACGGGGCGUUACUCUGUAAUGUAAAGCCUUUUAUUGUCAACAGCUGGGGCUAGGGACAGUAGAUGCGUCUGUCAGUGGUCUGGGUGGCUGUCCCUACGCACGUGGGGCAUCUGGAAAUGUCGCUACAGAAGAUGUGGUUUACAUGCUGCAUGGAAUGGGAAUUGAAACGGUUUGUUUUCAUUUCAAUGAGAUCAAAAUGAAUGUGACACAAACUUACAGUGUAAGUCUGUCUCACAGUAAAUGUAUACGAAUUAUUAGAGAUCGUCAUGUUUCCACUCCAAUUCGUGCGUUGUAAUCCAGUGCCCGUGAAAAAAACAUAGGCGAAUAUAGUCUACACCUUUAGUUGUCUAGGGUUCAGUUAUUCAAAGGAAAACUAGAACUAAAUACCCAAACGAUAGGAUCGGAAACAUACGAAAAUUGUGUUAAGAAAGAAUCAAGAAACAAGAAUGAAGAUGAUUGGCGAUAACUUUGUUGACUAAGUGCCCCGAGUUUAAACGCCCAUCUGAUCCGACUGCCUGUAGAAAAAAUCAUUCUGUUGUAUUUUUAUUCAUAAGGGAAUUAAUUUGAACAAAUUAGUGGACGCAGGACAGUUCAUCUGCCAAGCCUUGGAUCGUAAAACCUCCUCGAAAGUAGCUCAAGCGAGAACAGACGGUCAGGAAGCGAAAAGCUGAUGACAUAUCACAAGGAAGUGGCUGGUCUCAGUCUCAAUGUCUCUCCGUAAGGGUGUGACUUUCUUUAAGUGCUCAAAAUAUAUUUAUUUAAUGUUUAUUUGGAGAAUCUGGUGAUAAAUGAACCCAGAACAAUUUGGCCAAGUCGUAACGGGUUCGCAAGGUUUUCGCUCGACCGUUUGCGAGAUUUUUACAAUGGACAUGAAGAUUUCAGGCACUAAACAGCCUACUAAGUAAUGAUUUCUCACGCUUGUUAACUAGAAAUUAACAAGAAACUUUUCCCACAAUGUCAACACAAUAUCCAACAGAGAAGUGACAAGACAAGGCAAUCCUGGUCUUUUAUGGUAUAACUGUUCUCCUUAUCAUAAAACUAACGGGUGGGUGGAUGUUGAAAGGAAAAGAUUAAUGUCAGAUAUCGUUAUUUGCUGGGGAAAGAUCAGCUCAAUACACGUUCACGAUGGUCGCAGUAUAAAAAAUAUUAAGUGCUAUCUAUAGUCCAUAGCCUUUGUAACGACAGACCGGUACGUUACGAUUUUUUGCCAAGAAAAGUGAAGACCCUGUCAUCGUUGGUGAGUUUCAGUUGAAUAAAUUGUAGAAAAUAAGCCUGUUAAGAUACAGCCUUGAAUAAAAUUCAAACCUGUGCCUCCCAGACACUACUGCAGGGCU